GUGUCAACGAACAUGGUAGUGAGUAUCCAUCUUUCUUAGACUUCAGAGCAACCAGCUUGGCGGUAACGGAUGAAUGUGCCAGCCAGCUCCCUUUCCACCAUUCUGCUUCCUGGAACUUUUCUGUGCUGUCCUCCACAGUGCAGGACCCUGAACCUUGUUUCUCACUGGCUACUAAUAAUGUAAUGACUUUCACUCUGUGAUGUGUGACAGUCACCUUGUUGGCCUUCUGUGUCCAGGAAGAAUUAGAGUCGCUAUCUUAAAAAGAGCUCAGACUCUCAGUUGGCAGGAGGCUUGUAGUUUUGAACAUUUAACGAAUUCUGAACUGUGGCGAAGACUUUGUGCUUUUCUUGAGCCAGUAGUUGAACUUCUAAUUUUGGACAGCCUGCUCAACAGGGAGACCUCUGUUAAAUGCUGAUCUAAUGUGGACUGUUGGAGCAGUGGUGUUUACCGCUAGUGGUGAAAACAUCAUUGGAUUUGUUCUCAUCUGUGAGGUGCACCACUGCCUGGAGCAGUCAUGAGCCCGCUGGAGCCAGGACUAAAGCUGUGCCUUCUGAAUUUAACAGCUGAAGGUCCUUACUAUCUCCAAGGAUUUGAUGGCAUUUAAAAACUAAAGGAGAAACAGGGUCUUUAAAUUGCCCAGGCUGACCUCAAAUGUGUGAUCCUUCUGUGACAGCCGCUGGAUCAUCUGGGAUUACAGAUUGCUGCUAAAAUUGAUUCCAUUCCUCACUUGAAUAAUUCCACACCUCUAGUGGACCCUUCAGUGUAUGGAUACGGAGUGCAGAAGCGGCCCUUGGAUGACGGAGUAGGUAACCAGUUAGGGGCCUUGGUACAUCAAAGGGCGGUCAUAACGGAAGAAUUCAAAGUGCCGGAUAAAAUGGUUGGGUUCAUUAUUGGCAGGGGAGGUGAGCAGAUUUCACGGAUUCAAGCAGAAUCUGGUUGCAAAAUUCAAAUUGCUUCAGAGAGUUCUGGGAUUCCAGAGAGGCCCUGUGUACUUACCGGAACCCCAGAAAGUAUUGAACAAGCCAAGCGGCUCCUGGGCCAGAUCGUGGACCGCUGCCGGAAUGGCCCUGGCUUUCACAGUGACGCAGAAGGCAACAGCACGGUUCAGGAGAUUCUCAUCCCUGCGUCUAAAGUGGGCCUGGUCAUCGGGAAAGGAGGAGAGACCAUCAAGCAGCUGCAGGAGCGUGCAGGGGUGAAGAUGGUCAUGAUCCAGGAUGGCCCGCUGCCCACAGGCACAGACAAGCCUCUCCGCAUCACUGGGGACCCCUUUAAAGUGCAGCAAGCAAGAGAAAUGGUCCUAGAGAUCGUCCGAGAGAAAGAGCAGGCUGACUUCCGGGGCGUGCGUGGCGACUUCAGCUCCCGGCUGGCAGGAGGCAGCAUAGAGGUGUCCGUGCCUAGGUUCGCUGUCGGGAUCGUAAUAGGAAGAAAUGGGGAAAUGAUCAAAAAGAUCCAGAAUGAUGCUGGUGUGAGGAUUCAGUUUAAACCAGAUGACGGGGUGAGUCCGGAGCGAGCAGCGCAGGUCAUGGGCCCCCCGGACCGGUGUCAGCACGCAGCGCACAUCAUCAACGAGCUGAUCCUCACGGCCCAGGAAAGAGACGGCUUUGGCAGCCUGGCAGUAGCCCGAGGUAGAGGCCGAGGCCGAGGUGACUGGAACGUGGGGGCCCCUGGUGGCGUCCAGGAGAUCACGUACACCGUGCCGGCGGACAAGUGUGGCCUCGUUAUAGGCAAAGGGGGCGAGAACAUCAAGAGCAUCAACCAGCAAUCGGGUGCGCACGUAGAGCUGCAGCGGAACCCGCCGCCCAGCACCGACCCCGGCCUGCGCCUGUUCACCAUCAGGGGCGUCCCGCAGCAGAUUGAGGUGGCCCGACACCUCAUUGAUGAGAAAGUUGGCGGACCCAGCCUUGGGGCCACCGGAGCCUUCGGACAGAGCCCCUUCAGCCAGCCGCCGGCCACCCCACACCAGAACACCUUUCCCCCGAGGGGCUCAGGAUGCUUCCCCAGCCUCGCCGCCAAGGUGAAUGGAAACCCCCACAGCACCCCCGUGAGCGGCCCUCCCGCCUUCCUGACCCAGGGCUGGGGCAGCACGUACCAAGCAUGGCAGCAGCCCACGCAGCAGGUCCCAAGCCCGCAGAGCCAGCCGCAGAGCAGCCAGCCCGACUAUGGCAAGGCCUGGGAGGACUACUACAAGAAACAGAGUCACCCGGGUCACGCGCCCAGCGCCACUCCUCAGGCCAGCUCGCCACCAGACUACACGAUGGCCUGGGCAGAGUACUACCGGCAGCAGGUCGCCUUCUAUGGGCAGACGCUGGGGCAGGCACAGCACAGCCAGGAGCAGUAGUCGCCGCGCCCCGAUCCCCUCCGAUCAGUGUGAAGAACCCUGUUGGUGACAGAGGUUUCAGAUUCGCGGACCUUUUGAUGAAGAACCUUUGUUUUGUUCUGUGAAACACUAUUUACAUUAACAGACUGUUUCUAAAAUCUGGGAAAAUUAGUUACUAAAAUUGCUGAUAAUUUUGUUUUGUUAUUUUUGUUUGUGAUUUCAAACCUGUACGCUCUGGGGUCUUUCCAGAGCAGUCCCUGCAAGCCCAAGUGCCAGGGUGUGCCCCAGAGUAGUGACAUUUCAGCAUGGCGGUUUGGGUUUGUUUCGUUUUUGUCUUUUUAUUUACAGGAUUUUUUAUUUUGAUUUUUUUUUUUUUUUUUUUUUUUUGUCACAACAGAAAGUGGCUUGGAAGUCUUAGGUAGUAUGUAACAAAUUCUUUUUGAAAAUUUUUAAACAGUAUUUAAAUAUUCUUAAAUGUGUAAAUUCAUUGUGUUUUAUUUCUAAUUUCUUGUAUCUUGGCUGUCUGAUUUUAUUGCAUUUUUUAAAAACCUGAACUAUUAUGUAUUGUAAUUAAUUAUAUGAAUUCUGAAUUGAGACAGGUAAUUAUAUUGCUGUCCACCAGAGCUGGGGGACAUUGUGUAGAGUUUCUGUGAUUUCUAGAGUUGUAGGGGUAAUAUAAAGGUGUGUGGGUAUGUAGUAGCCUUCUCUUCAUGUCUCAUUACUGGCUGCAAUUGUGUAUCUAAGACCUCCAAGCUGGUUUUAAGAACAAAACAAAAAUCCUUUAUUCUCAGAAAUAAAUAUACUGUUAUUUUUAAUAUUAAAAAGAAAUUCAAUAUAACUUUUAACAAACACUGUGGAACAUUAAACCAUAUAAAAAUGUAGUAACUAUUUUUUAAUUCCAAGGUGUUUUUUGCUUAUUUCUUUUAAAUAUUUUCUUAAUAUUUGUCAGAUUAACUAGAUGAAUUAAUAAACCUAGUAUUAACCACAGUAUGAAUUAAAUAAUUGUGAUUUAAUAAAGGGAUAUGAUUUCCAGUGUUUACCGUAGUGUAUCUUGUACAGAUAACAUGUAUUUUUAAAGGAGAAAAACGGAAUCGAAGCUAUUUUUCUCGCGUUUUUAAUUGACCUGAGGGACAUUCCGUUUAAAUGUACUGAAGUUAGUGUCUGAUUUUUCCUUGUUAUUUUCCUUACAAUGCUUGAAAUGUCUAACUAUUAAAAAGGAAUUGGAGAAUGUUAUGCAUGUUAUUUUAAAAGGUGUUCUUUUUAUCUGACUGACAAUUCAUUUUACACUCUGUAUAAUAAAAUCCCACAGCCGCGGGCUUGUGGAUGCAGUGUC